UAGGCGGGAAAAGUAGGGCUGGUUCCUCGCUUCCUUCUUCGAGAGUUUGGACUCUAUUUCGAAGCCCCUGCUUAUUUCUUUUCCGAACUCCUCCCUGCACUGCCCCGCCGUCGCCGCUCCGCCAUGGGAAUAAAGGGUUUGACGAAGCUUCUCGCGGACAACGCUCCGAAGGCCAUGAAGGAACAAAAGUUCGAGAGCUAUUUCGGUCGGAAGAUCGCCAUCGACGCCAGCAUGAGCAUCUACCAGUUCCUCAUUGUUGUGGGAAGGACGGGAAUGGAAACCCUCACCAAUGAGGCCGGUGAAGUCACAAGUCACUUGCAAGGGAUGUUCAACCGGACAAUAAGAUUGCUGGAGGCUGGAAUCAAGCCAGUAUAUGUUUUUGAUGGUCAGCCACCAGAUCUGAAGAAACAAGAACUUGCAAAGAGGUUCUCGAGAAGGGAAGAUGCCACCAAGGAUUUGAGUACAGCAAUAGAGGAUGGAGAUAAGGAGAGCAUUGAAAAAUUCAGCAAAAGGACUGUGAAGGUUACGAAGCAACACAAUGAAGACUGUAAACAACUUCUAAGACUGAUGGGUGUGCCUGUAAUUGAGGCACCUUCUGAAGCAGAAGCAGAGUGUGCAGCACUUUGUAAAAGCGAUAAGGUGUAUGCUGUGGCCUCAGAGGAUAUGGAUUCACUAACUUUUGGGGCCCCUAGGUUUCUUCGCCACUUAAUGGAUCCAAGCUCAAAAAAAGUCCCUGUGAUGGAAUAUGAAGUCUCAAAGGUACUAGAGGAACUAGAAUUCACCAUGGACCAAUUCAUCGACUUGUGCAUUCUUAGUGGAUGUGACUACUGUGAUAGUAUUAAAGGUAUUGGAGGGCAAACAGCUUUGAAGCUUAUCCGACAGCAUGGUUGCAUAGAAGAUAUGUUGGAGAACAUAAACAAAGAAAGGUAUCAAAUACCUGAGGACUGGCCAUAUCAAGAAGCUCGACGCCUGUUUAAAGAACCUCUUGUGUCUAAAGAAUUUCCAGAGCUCAAAUGGACUGCUCCAGAGGAGGAGGGUCUUGUGGACUUUCUGGUGAAAGAAAAUGGUUUCAACCAUGAUCGAGUAACAAAGGCAAUAGAAAAGAUUAAAGCAGCAAAGAAUAAAUCCUCCCAAGGGCGACUGGAAUCCUUUUUUAAGCCAGUUGUCAGUGCAUCUGUGCCUCUUAAACGAAAGGAAGCACCAGACAAGGUAGUGAAGGAAACUACAGGCAAGAAGUCCAAGACUGGAGGUCGGAAGAAGAAAUAGUUUGAAGUGCAAUCAAGAUAUGGGAGGAGAAUAGUGAAGGAAACACUGUAUUUGCCUCCCCAUGUGCUCGCGCACCACAAAAUAACCGAGUUCUUUUCGUGGUGCGAUGCGACCGUAUGUAGAGUUUUGGAUGGUCUUGCUGUUCAUAUUUAAAUUUUUUUACUUGUCGCUACUGCAGUUAUGCUAGGCUUUGCAAAUUAGAAAUUCAGACAACUAUCGAGGUAUCUGUGUAAUUAUAGAAUCAUGGGGGAUCCGGCAUUGACUCGUAAUUCUUUGCUAAUCUUGUCCUUUUAAGAAUUAUGAGUUGUACCUAUCUUUUGAGUUCUUUGGUUGUCGUAGGUUUUGCCACGGAUAAAUAUCUGAUGGGUCGAUGAGUUUU